AUGGGCCGCUUGAAGUGUUGCUACGUAGCCUGCAUAUUGGCCCUCUUCCUCCUAAUCAAUAUAUCUGCCAUUUCUUCUUCUUCUUCUCGAAAUCUGUUCACAACACCGGGAGAUAAAAAGGCUGUGAGGGUGGAAAUGAGGCGCAUAUCAGAGGGAGAGAUAAGCUUCAACGAGCGACUCAAAUCAGCUGUGGUUCGAAGUAAGAGUAGGCUGCAGAAAAUAGAUGCAAUUGUGAAGGCAGCAACAAACAAGACUUAUGAAACGCCUCUUCAUGUGGGAGAUGGAGAAUAUCUCAUCGAUCUUGCAGUGGGAACUCCCUCUGUGAGCUUCGAGGCAAUUGUGGACACAGGAAGCGAUUUGAUAUGGACCCAAUGCAUGCCUUGCCAUGACUGCUACAAGCAAGCCACCCCAAUCUUCGACCCCUCCAAGUCCUCCACAUUUUCAGCCGUUCCAUGCAACGCUCCUCUCUGCCGCGCAUUGGGCUUCCAACAGUCGGGAUGCAAUCCAGAUUGUAGUUACGCCUACCAGUAUUCCGAUGGUUCCUUUACGAACGGUGGGCUUGCUUUGGAGACAUUGACAAUAGGAAGUGGCAGCAAGGUCCCGAAGAUUGCCUUUGGAUGUGGGCAUGACAACAAGGGGGCAACACUCAUUCAGGGCGGAGGCAUUGUGGGAUUGGGAAGAGGCCCAGUUUCUCUCAUUUCCCAGAUGGGCACACAGGUAGAGAACAAAUUCUCUUACUGUCUCUUACCCAUUUCUGAUUCUCCUUCCAAAACCAGUCCUCUCUAUUUUGGGCACAGUGCUUCCCUGACUGGAGCCAAGUCUGUGACGCUCAUUAAGAACCCCCUCAUUCAAACAUUCUGGUAUAUUCCUCUCACAGGAAUCACCGUGAAUGGCUCGGCUGUUGAUAUUGUUCCCGGAACAUUUGAUUUGAAAGCUGAUGGCAGCGGAGGGAUUGUUAUCGAUUCUGGAUCGACCGUUACUAGCCUGAACGAUGCUGCCUACAUUCCUCUGAAAAAGGCCGUUGAAGCAGCCAUAGAUAUGAGUCCUGUAAAUGGGUCUUCUACAGGGCUGGAUCUGUGCUAUGAAAUGCCGUCAGGUCCAGGUCAGCUCAUGGGAUUGCCUUCCUUUGCAUUCAACUUCAAAGGUGGUGCUGAUUACGAGGUUGGGGCGGAGAAUUUAUUUAUUGAAAUAGACGGGCUGUGGUGCCUGGCAUUCCUCGGUUCUUCCGGGGAUAUUUCAAUUUCGAUCUUGGGCAACAUACAGCAGCAAAACAUCCACAUCCUUUACGAUAAUGGCCACAACACACUCUCUUUCAAGCCCACGGACUGUAGUUCUCUUUGA